GUACGACUAUUUGGAAUUGGUGCUAUAAAUUUUCCUUUAAUUAAUCCAUUUGGUUUAACACUUAAUACCUGUUCCUAUGUCUGAUCUGUUUAAAUGAAAGGGAAAACCAUUUGCUUGGAGUUGGAGGAGCCACUGAGCAAACCUCAAGACUGUGAUGAAGGCUGGUUUUAUUUUCCUUCUCUCAACUCCUGUUAUCGGUAUUUCAAUGUCACAAGGACAUGGCAAGAAGCUGAGGAGUUCUGCAAUCAACUCCCAUAUUAUGGAAAUCUGGCUACUGUGACCUCAGAUGAACACAACACUUUCAUUUCUAACGUGGUUCGUGCUGUGGAUGCAAGCAAGCCUUGGACAUGGAUUGGCCUGAACGACAUAUGGAAGGAAGGGACGUUCUCAUGGGUUGAUGGAACUUCCUACACUUAUAGAAAUUGGAUAGAAAGUCAGCCUGAUGAUUACCGUGGCAAUGAAGACUGUGUGCACAUUAAAUUUACAAGUAAGUGUAGCAGUAAGAAAAAUGUUAUUUUCUUUGAAACAGACAAAAAGUCCUGCAGGAGCUCAGAAGGCCAGACAGCCUCUAUAGAAAAGACUAAACUGUUGAUGUUUCAGGCUGAGAUACUUCAUCAGGACUGA